AUGGAAAACAGUCAGAUAUCGAAAACCCAAGAAAACUAGAAUCAAAUUAAGUGUGAUACUAAGUUCCAAGUACCUGUAUACAUUUUACCAAACUGAUUUUUUUGCGCAUUGAAAAUCAAACUGGCACAAAAAUGAGCCUUAGGCUGCUUUUGUCCGAGGUGAUAUUUGCCUUCUGCUUAGCAGCAACAUUACUCUAUAGAUAUGGAAACGUGUACAGACAUCACAUCAUCGUUACCAUAGCUGUUCUCAUCGCUUGGUACUUUUCUCUAUUAAUUAUAUUUGUACUGCCGCUGGACGUUUCGUCAACAGUUUACAGACAAUGCUGUGAGCAAAAUAACCUGACUGCAACCGCCUUCGGUGGAAAUGUGACAAUUGCACCUCCGUUGUGUCGAGAGCCAUGGUCUAACGUGCCUGACAAUGUUUAUCCAAACUUGUGGAGGGUUGUGUACUGGACUUCUCAAUGUUUGACAUGGCUGAUUCUUCCACUGAUGCAAUCCUACAUCAAGGCAGGAGAUUUUACUGUCAGAGGAAAGUUAAAAUCUGCAUUGAUUGACAACGCUAUUUAUUAUGGAAGUUAUCUAUUUAUCUGCGGUAUAUUGUUGAUAUACAUUGCAUUGAAACCUGGCUUGGAUCUUGAUGGUCAAAAAUUGAAAGCUAUAGCAUCAUCUGCCUCAAACACUUGGGGCUUAUUUCUCCUUGUACUAUUAUUGGGUUACGCUCUUGUCGAAGUACCCCGUGGAUUAUGGAAUGCCAGCAAACCUGGGUACACCUUACAUUAUAGCUAUUUUAAAGCAGCUAAGCUUAGCCUGGAUAAAUGUGAAGCUGAAGAAACAGUGGAUGAUGUUCUUGAGGCCUUACAAGCAGCAUCGGUAGCUAUUGGAGUUGGUCAUCCAUUCCAUCGUAAUUUGGAAACUAUAUUUCAAAAAGUGCCUGCUGAAUUAAAAGAUAGAAUGAAUAGAAGGCAAUUACCUGACGACACUCCUACUGAUUCACCUUCAGAAAAAGCUCUCAUCCGUCUCCAUAAACAUACUAUUAAAUCUCUACAAACUCUACAACGAACGGAAACACAAUGGGGAAUUUUAAUCGAAAAAAUAUUUCAUCUGGAGGAUAUUGCCAAGAAUCAAGCUAGCCAUGACAGAAGAUUCAAGUCAACAUUCCCCGUUGUCCGUCCAUUACCGCUGCGAUUCGUUUACAACCCUACUGUUGAAUGGUAUUGGAAAUGUGUAAUCAAAAGUUACGCUCAAAAGCUCGCUGCCUUUGCUGCUGGAGCUCUAUCUGUUGCUGUUGUCUGGUCAGAAGUAACAUUUUUCAAUAAAUCGCCAGUUCUAUCUUUGUUUGCGCAAUUUGUGAAUUUGGCAAAAGUUGAAUAUGAUUAUUUUACAAUUGAGAUUCUGUCGACCUUAAUUAUAGCCUACCUUUGCUAUUGUGCUUAUUCGACUGUACUAAAGAUUCGUGUAUUAAAUUUGUACUAUCUGGCUCCACAUCAUCAAACAAAUGAGUACAGUUUAAUAUUCAGUGGGAUGAUGCUCUGUCGGCUUACGCCACCGAUGUGUCUCAAUUUCUUGGGUCUAAUUCACAUGGACUCACACAUCAUUACAACGCAUAUUUUGGAAACACAUUACACGCAGGUAAUGGGUCACAUGGAUGUUAUAUCGAUUAUCUCAGAUGGUUUCAACGUGUACUUUCCAAUGGCAAUAUUAGCCUUCUGUUUGGCAACGUACUUUAGUCUUGGAAGUAGAUUACUCUCGAUGCUUGGGUUUCAACAAUUCCUUGGCGAUGAUGAGUUAACAACUGAUCUCGUUGAAGAAGGUCGUGAACUGAUCAAACGAGAGCGACGUAAGCGCCAGCGCACCGAGGACUCGAUGAGUCGUAGACGUGAGUUUCAAGAAAGGUUCAAUAAUUUAGGAACUGCAUCUCGUUAUAGAACAGCUAGACAAAGUACUGAUACUGUGAGACCUUUGCGACGAGAUGAGUCUACAGAGUCUGCAAGAGCUGGGCUUUUGCGCGAUGUUGAGUCUACAGACUAUUAUGUUGGUGAAAGUGAUCGCUACACACCGAGUAACCAUUAUGAUCAUGGAUACCAAGCGGAGAUUUACCACGAUUUGAGUUCCGAUAAUCUAACCACUUAUACUACGAAUAGUAAUCGUGUUGGACCUCCUCCAAGAGGUUUAUUUGACGACAUUUAAGGGUGUUGGACUUGUGCAUUACAUAUUCAAUUUUUCGAAUUCACCGUAUCGGAUUUGGCCCUGUCUUGACAAAUUAUGGAAAUUAUUUUUUCGUAAGACUCCAGAAGAUAAACAAAUGCUUGUUAACUUAUGCCAGUGAAUAAUAUUGCAAUCGUUAAUGUGCAUAGUGAUAUAUGUACAUAAUAUGACUCACAUUUUUUCCAUAUGUUAUGCCACUCAAACUUGCGAAUCACAGAAUAGGAAUGUUCUAUACACUAAGCAUUACUAUCUUCAACGUAAUUAUUGAAUAUAUCUACUUUAUUUUGCCAUAUUUCGCCAAACUUUCUCGAGGUAGUUUAACGCAAUUUUACACACAAACACACACACACAUACACAUACACACACUAAUUGAAGAAGAAAAUAAAUAUAUAUAUACGCUCACAGGUGUAGCCUUGAAUUUUCGAUUUGAGUAUGCCUACUUUCAUUAUUUGAAAUUAUUUUUUUAUCUUCAUUAGAGUUGUAGAAUUUAUUCCACCUCAUCUAUUGCAUUCCUAUGUUAAUUUCAUUAUAAUAUUAUUCUAAAUAAAAAAUGGAUUUAUAAUGAAAGUACAACCCUUCUCCAACUACCACGUUUACCCCGUCAUUUCUUCCGAUUCUGUGAACAGAUGGAAAUAUGACUUGGGUAGGUAGAUCACGAUAUACGAACACUAAAUAAUUUUGCAUGAACAAAAGAACAACAAACUUUCUUAUUGGAAAACUU